AUGCUGUCGCACCUCCGAUUCCACCGGCGGGGGCCGUCGACCUCGAACCCGACAUCCCCCCUCCCGGAACAGGCCCCUGCGUGGGAUGCGACGGCUACCGCUGCGGCUGCUGCUGCACAACGCGAGCACCCGCACCAGUCGCCUCACGACGUCUCACCGCGUCCCGAUGCGCGCCAACGUUCCCCGAGUUCCUCCAAUUUCCCGCCCACGCUCCCGCCCAUAGCCCGUGUGGCCUCCACCGGCUCCGACCACCUCUUCGCGCCCAUCCCACACGACGAUGCCGAUGCCCCGCCUCCACAAGAAACUCGUCCGCCCCCACCUCGCUCUACUUACGACGAAGAAGCCAAGGCCGGGUUUAUUGGAGGCGUGGCGCUAGAGAACUAUCGAAAGGCUGUACAGGCACCGCAGGCCAAUGUGCCCGCUGCUGCUUCGACGAUGGCCGGUCAAUUGCCGGACACCCAGCUCUCGCGUGCGAAGCCUCCGCCACCGCCAAUCGACACAGGUGUAGCCUCUCGACCUCCAAUACAACCCUCUCGGCAAGCCAAGUCGUCUUGGUUCUCGACACCGACCGAUCUACAUCUAGGGCAAGGGGCGGCUAGCAAGCGGCCUUCAGGGACCCGGUUAACGAGUGAGCCGCCGCUGGUGGCCCAGUCGGAACCACAGAAGGGCCGGAAGGGAUUGCCGUUUUUGAAGAACCCUAUGACAUCUCUCUUGAUGAGGAGGAAAACGGCCCAGUCAGCUGCCGACACUCAGCCACCAGCCCCUACCUACGACCCGCGCAUUAAGGGUACGAGGAUCCACGACUUCAGCGCCCCGAGGCCAAGGAAGACCGUGUCAAGCGACGGUACGUCGUUAUCGACAGAGGGCACCAGUUCGACGCCGGCAGCUACCGGUGAUGGGGUAACGGUCCUCACGCCUACGGAGUCUCCAGGGGGCGUGGAUGUGGCCGGAGAUGGUCAGACAUUUCCGGGCGCGCCGGCAGACCCUGGACGCAAAAUCUCAUCGGGAACCGUGCCCUCGGAACGGUCGGUGUUGCUCGCCGCGCCGAAUGACGGGACUAGUGUGCGUACAGCAUCUUCGACGGUUUCUCGCGGCACACAGACCGUCCCACAACCCACCACAGGAUCGGCCUCGGUGCGAACGACCGCUUCUGGUCACCUCUCUGCAUCUCGGGUGUCACGCCAGGGCUCUGCCGCUUCGGCUAUUCCGAAGCACAUGAAAAGCACAUCGUCAAGAUUUAGCUUCGACAUGAUCGGCGCGGCCGAGGAAGAAAGAUUGUUGGAAGAACGGCAUCGGCAACGUGAGCAGGAGAAGAAAACGGACGGCCCAGAUGGUCGGUUCGAUGAAUUUGACGACGACUUCGAUUAUGAUGCUAUGAUGGAUGAUGAUGGACUCGAGGAGAGGAUUCCCGGUGUGAAUGCCGACUACGAGGAGGAGGACUAUCUGGACGACCCCGAGGCGGAAUUCGACCCAGACAAUGACCAGGAAAACUUUGCCGGCUUUACCUUUCAACGGUCGAACCCGGUGUCGUCAAUCACGAGCCCGAUCAGCACCGGGAUGCUAGCGACGCCUAGGGAUGCAGCCGGUAAUGUUGUUGGGUUUGCGAUGACCAAGGACCCAAGCCCUGGCCUUUUGUCGCCCAAUAUGGAGUUUCUCGGCCCCGGUACCUCGGAGGUGAAGGAGCAAGGACCAGAAUACAAUACGAGCGAUACUGUUGGUGACUUUGCACCGAGUCAAAAUUACCCCGCGGCUAGUGUAUCUCAGCCACCCCUACGAUCGCACAAUGACGAUAUUUACUUUGAUGACGGGCUGGCGGAUGAACUGGACUUUGAGCACGACGGCACUGUGUUUGACGAGUCGAUUUUCGACAACAACGACACCGACAAGUAUGGACGGCCGAUCCCCGGCGCAUUUGCCCAGGCAAAGGAAGCGAUGCAAGCCGCGUAUCAGCAGCAGCUCCAGCAGGAGCCGGAGCCGGAACCGGAGCAUGAAGUGCAGCUACCAUCACAGAAGCUGCCUGAUUCGAACCGCGGCUCCGAUAUCACAAGCGGCUCGGGGCAGUCUGCGCCCGCUCAGUCGACGGGUCAAACAUCAGUUAGUGUUAGACUUCCGCAGGACGUGAACCAGGCAGAACACGAAGACCUCUCGUUGUCACAGCAGAUUUCGGAACCAGGCACCGAGGUCCCAGGCCAAGAUAUGAUGUACCAAGCCGCGUUGGCGGAAGCGGCGCAGAUGGCGGCCGCGUCGGGCAAGUUCUUCCGGAGCACAUCGCCUGAUGUACUAGCCGGGCUAAAGGAUGCCCCUGCUGAUGAACUUGCGGGCUACGAAGAUGAGGACCCGAGUGGCGGGUACAUUGACGACUACGCUGACGACGAUGUCGAGAAUAAUUUUGAUGACUUUGACUUUGACGAUGACGCGAUCAUCGCCGAGGCAAAUGCUAGCGCGCUCGCCAACGACUCGGAUGGAUUUUACGGCCAGGAGUUCGGGUUCUACUCGGCCCCAGUAUCGCAACAGCCCAGCAGUAAUAGCCACCAGCCGUCCUCAAGCGGUGUCCUCACAACGGAGAACCUCUUCCAGUACGGCGGCUUCUUCGGCCCGGCCAGCGCCAACAUCAACCGCAGCGCAUCAGGCCGGGUCGUGCGCGAGCCCAACCUCACCCCCAUCACAGAACGCUCCGAGUACUCCAACCGCAACUCCAUCAUGAGCUUCACCCUGCCCCCCGCCAUCAGCAACGGGGGCAGCGACCGCAACUCGCUGACCUCGCCCGGUCUAGCCCAGUUAGCGCUGCUCGCCGCAGAUGACAACGACAGCAACAUGAGCCUGACGGCGCUGAUGAAACUGCGGUCGCGCGCCUGGGGCGGGUCACAGCCCAGCUUGGUAUCGUCGCGCGAGGGCAGCCCGCGGUCGGAACGGGCGCCGAUGCAGAUGCCGCUGGACGGGUCUGCGGCGGGUGGUUCACCGUUUGGGACUGUUCCGGCGCAUUUGGCUGGUCAUGUUCGUGUUGGGUCGGGGCUGUCGCUGUGGAGCUGUUCCGAGGAUGCGGAGGAUGCCAGCAACGCGAAGGGGGCUAAUGGCUUUAGUAACCCUGGGCUGGCCGGACCGUUUCCGUCGGGAGACAUCCUCCCCCCUCGACCCGGGAGUGCGGGCGCUGCUGUCAACGGUAGUGCCGGCACCAGCAUCAUGAACGGAUUAAGCUCUCUCCCGCAGCGACCACACUCGUUAUUCUUACCACCCCAAACUCCGAUGACUGCACCGUUACCAGGGACCCAACCCCCCGGCAUGAACCCCCUUACCUGCUCCCCGGUCCUCGAACGCGAUGAACUCGAGCCCAGCCCGACGAGCCCCGUGCCCGACGGAUUCGCCCUAGCCCCAGCCCUCCCAGUCCGCAGAAGCGAAGACCUAGCCCGCGAGGCUACCACCUCCACCGAGUUGUCGCAGCAUCCCCCGCAACAACAACAGAGUCCGCCAGUAGUCCGCCGUGCAGCGGGCUCCGCUGCUGGUAUGGGUCACCGACAUAAGGGAUCAGCGGAUAGUAUCUCGUACCGGAAGGACGAAGAGGGCGGGGAGACGAAGUGGGUUGUGGAGCGGCGACGGACGAGUGAGAGUGGGGAGGUGGAGAUUUUGGGGAGGGAUGUGCUUCAGGGGGGGAGGAUAUAA